CCGCCGCUGGCAAGCCUAGUUCCGUUCAUUGUCACUAAAACCAAGUUUCGGCUCUCCCCCCACUACCUCGCAGGUUUCACUGCUCAGAUCCGUGAACUGCGUGUCAGCAAACUUAGCGAUCUCGUCAGUAGUAGCGGAGUGUAGCAGCAGCAGCCUAGAACCACCCGGAAAUACUCAUUGACUGCGUUGGUUUGUCUUUCUUUCGUCGCUCAUCUCUUGGCUCUUCAGCACCGGUGCUGCGGUGCUAGGGUUAAGCGUUACUGCCUCACUGCUACGUCACCUUCCGAUUUCUCGAUCGGGAUUUCGAUCGUACCUGCUCCUUCUUCGUAGCACGUUCUCAUUGGUCUUCUGAGUGAGAAAGCAAGGAAGAAGGGGAGAGGGCAUAUACCAGCUUAGAGGAUGGCGCACAAGGCGGACGACGAGUAUGACUAUCUUUUCAAGGUGGUGUUGAUAGGAGAUUCUGGUGUUGGGAAGUCCAAUCUGCUUUCCAGAUUCACGCGGAACGAGUUUUGUCUAGAGUCGAAGUCGACCAUCGGCGUGGAGUUCGCCACUCGCUCCAUUCAGGUUGAUGGAAAGACGAUCAAAGCUCAAAUCUGGGACACAGCAGGACAAGAGCGAUACAGAGCUAUCACUAGUGCGUACUAUCGUGGCGCUGUAGGAGCUUUGCUGGUGUAUGACAUCACGAAGCAUGUAACCUAUGAGAAUGUUGAAAGAUGGUUGAAGGAGCUGAGAGAUCACGCCGACUCCAACAUUGUGAUCAUGUUGGUUGGGAACAAGUCUGAUCUCAAGCAUCUGAGAGGUGUGUCAACUGAUGAUGCUCAAGCAUUUUCAGAGAAGGAAGGGCUUUCUUUUAUAGAAACUUCAGCUUUGGAGUCCACAAAUGUUGAAAAAGCAUUCCAGAGGAUUUUGACUGAAAUUUAUCGUAUUGUAAGCAAGAAAGCUUUGGCUUCUGAAGAGAACACCACCGAAGGCCCCGGACAGGGAACCAACAUUGUCCCACUUGACAGCAACGCCCCAGACCUUAAGAAAAAGGGCUGCUGUGGCGCCUAAAACACUGUAGAAGAUGACGUCCACUGCAAUUAUCGUUUUUAGGGCUUCCAUAUUUGUAUGAAUCAAUCUCUUUGAUGGAGUGAGGUUAUAAAAUGGCAACCGGGCAACCUUGGAACUAGAAAAUUCAUCCCUGGUAGAUUACAAUGGAUAUCUUUUCCAGUUGUCUUCAUGGGGUCGUGCGAGAACUAGCCUUUCGAGAAUCUGUAAUCUGUCGUAGUGAUCUAGCGGUCUGGUCAGAAGUACUUAAUCUUUCAAAUACGCCUACCUCCUUGGACAUCAGAUCGAGCUCAUUUUGUAAGGGCAAUUUUGCAUACUAAAUUGAAUAAUUUAAGAAAAAAUCUCCUCACAGUUUCUCUUUA